AUGAGGCACGACAUCUUCGCUGCGCUGGCCUUGGGCGCAGCAGUGGCACUCGCCGUCCCAGUUGCCGAUGAGUCGUCUAUGCCGCAUGUGCUGCGGACACGCAACAUUGUCGAUGAGGUUGACGACUCAUACGACUUUGUUGUUGUCGGGGGUGGCCUGGCUGGUCUCGUGUUGGGUGCUCGUCUAUCAGAGGACAAGAACCAUACUGUUCUUGUUCUUGAGGCCGGUAGCAACGGGGACGAGUAUCGAAAACGGAUAGAUACUCCGGCAUAUUCAUAUUUCGAAUCGUUAUGGCCAACACCAUUAAACUGGAAUUUUAAUACUACUCCACAAGCCCAUGCCAACAACAACCAGAGGGAUACUGAUGCAUCAUUCUUCACAGGCAGCUCAGCCAUCAAUGGGUUAUAUAUGAACCGACCAGGUGAGAUUGAGGUCAAUGCAUGGCAAGAGAUGCUCGGUGACAUGGACGGUGCCGACAACUGGUCUUGGGAUUCGUUCUUUGCCGCCAUGAAGAAGAGCGAAACCUUCACUCCACCCACGGCUGCUAUAGCUCAAGAGGCUGGGAUUACUUGGGACGCUUCGAGCCACGGAACCACAGGUCCCAUUCACAAUUCAUAUCCUGGCUAUACAUUCCCUCUUGUCAAGCAGUGGCUUGAAGCGACAGAAAGCCAAGGUGUGGCCAAUUCGGAUGAUACUUAUGGUGGUCAAAAUUGGGGAUCCUAUGUUGCAAAUUCUGCCAUCAAUCCUGCCAACUGGACCCGCUCUUACAGUCGAUCGGGUUAUCUUGACCCUCUUCCACCUCGUCCGAAUUAUGCUGUCCUCGCCAACGCUCAUGUCACACGCGUUCUCUUCAAUUCGAGUUCUCCCAAGGGCAACUUGAGCGCAAAUGCGGUGGAAUACACACGAGACAAUGGGGCCACCAAAAGGAUCGUCACGGUGAAAAAGGAGGUCAUUCUAGCUGGUGGCACUAUUGGCAGCCCUGCUGUUCUUCUCUACAGCGGUGUCGGCCCCAAAGAUGUGUUGGCCAGUGCUGGAGUCAAGCUCGUCUCUGAACUUCCUGGUGUUGGCCAACAUCUGCAGGACCAUUUGAGCGCAAAUCUCCAAUUCAGCACCGAUCAAGCCACUGCUGGUUCAAUCUAUGAUUCAAACACUACAGAAACAUACGACCCAGCAUUCCUCUCAUAUAUCAAUUCCGCUGUUGCCUAUGUCAAUGCAAGUGUUUUAUUCGGCAAUGGGGCCGAUGGUCUUCACUCCAACAUCAAAGGACAAGUGGACCAGUUCACAUCUCUUAUGACCACAGAUUCAGGCGUUAUUGCCGGUAAUGAGGCGAUUUACACCACCACGGUCGAUAAAAUCUUCACCAGCCCUCUCGGCCUUGUCGAACUUCUAAUUGGAAAUAAUAAUAAUGGUACAGUCAAUAUUGGGGCUGCUCUUCAACAUCCUUACAGCUUUGGUCGCAUCUACAUCAAUUCGUCCAACCCUGUGGAUUACCCAGUGAUCGACCCCAACUAUCUGGUACACCCUGCCGACGUACAAACUCUCCGCGAAGGCCUCAAACUCGUCCGCCGCAUUGGAACCUCAGGUCCAUUGAGUGCCAGUCUUUCCGAGGAAAUCUGGCCUGGCAAGGAUGUCCAGACCGAUGAUGAAUGGGAUGAGUUCCUCCGAGGCUCAGUAUUCACCGAAUUUCAUCCUUCUUCAACUUGCGCCAUGCUUCCCCUUGAACAAGGUGGAGUGGUUGAUGCAGAACUGCGCGUUUAUGGUCUGGCCAAUGUCCGUGUUGCCGACGCCAGCGUUCCUCCUAUCUCCUUCUCGGCACAUCUGAUGGCUUCAACAUAUGGCCUAGCAGAGCAAGCCAGCGACAUCAUCCGUGCUUAUCAUAAUCGACCUAUCUCGAAAUCAUCCAACAAUACCUCUUCUUCGAACAAUACAUCAACACACAACUCAGACGACGACAACUCAAACCAAUCGAGUGACCGAACUCUUGCAUUCGUGAACAGCUACCGUGGCACCGAGAAUUCCGACAUGGAUAAUGAUGCCAAGUUCUCCUCUCUGCCACGACAAACGUUUAAGCGGAGAGUAAGCAAUCCUCCAUAUGUAUGA